AUACCCGCACUAAAAAUAGAAUGGAUUUUCCGUACGCCUUAUUUAUAAAUAGUACUACACAUGAUUGCUAGCAAUGGUGAAAUCGACUACCUGUAAAUAUUGACAUUUAUCACUGACAUGAUUAUCGUCUGUAAUCCAUAAAGCACAAACCAGCGAGAGAUAAAAAUGGCCGAAGCGGGGACGAAACAGAAAGUUAUAUUGUGUUUAGGUGGAGCCUUCAAUCCUCCGCACAGUAGACAUGUUAUGGCCAUGGUAUUGGGGAAACAGUGGCUUGAAUCAAAUACAAACUACCAAGUUGUGACUGGAAGACUAGCCGUAGCGCCGGAUGGAUAUGUACAAACAAAAUCAAGGAAAACAGGAGCUAAAUGCAUGAAAGCAAAACACAGGAUAAAACUUUGCGAGCUAGCUUGCUGCGAACAAAGAGAUUGGUUAGCACCAUAUCACCGGCCAGUUGGUUCCGCUGCGGAAUGUGGUGAAAAAACUCGACUUGAAAUGUUAAAAGAAACGGGAAAAUCAGAAGAUCUACAUGUGGCUGUGAUAAUCGGAGCAGAUAGAGCAAUGAACAAAUCUGGAUAUGCUAAAUGGCACAAGGAAUUCAAGCAUAUAACUGUGUGUAUAGGAAGGAAGGGAGAAACAGCCAGAAUUCUCGAAAGAUAUGAAAAGGAUAAAGAUUCGGGCAGUAUCAAACAUAAACAGUUUUGCCUUAUACCAGACGAGCUUGACAAUGUUAGUUCCACAUCAGUAAGACAAGUUCUUGCUAAGAUGGAAGGAUCAGAAAGUGAUAAGGAACAAGUUAUGGAUACAUUAAUAAAUGACGGAUGGCUUAUUAAAAGCCAAAUGCUUUAUAUAUUAGAAAAUGAAUCGGAUCUUUAUUUUUGAUACUAAGAAAAACAAAUAAUAUUAUUAUUCGGUAUCUUUUUACGUCAGCAUACCUAUAUACAUUGAACAAUUGGAAUAUACUUUCGCACAAAAUUGAACUCGU